AUGGUAGCUCCGUUGGUGCCCAACCGCAUCCACUCGCUGCCUGUUCAAGUGACAUACCACAUCCAGGCUUCGUCCCAGUCGUUCUCGACGCUCUUUUCCACUCCCCAGCAGGUCUACGUCCACCCCAACGCCGGCUCCCAAGAGGUCGACGGCCAGGAUGAAGCGUGGGGCGCGAUUUACCUCAAGACUGUGGUCCAGGGCAUCCUGAUGGCGAGUCCAGAGCUCCACCCGACUCAUCCCAGUACCCCAGACCUGUCGCUGUAUGUGCUUGACCCGCGCGAGACGUUUCUCCGCAGGUCGCGUGCAGCUCCGAUUCCCAACCUCCGUUCAUCACCGGCCCGCGCGCCAUCAGAGGUGUGGACUGGCAAGGGCCUCGUGAGCUGGGCCCUCGACGAGCCCGGGGCUGGCAAGAACCUCAUUACUGGGAGGCUGGUCCGUCGCGCCGAGUUUGCCGCUGCGGCCCCUGUUCCAGAGGGCAUGUCGGCUCUGGAAGCUCUUGUUGCCGCCAAUGCUGCCGCCCGUGAUGGUCACGAGGCAUGGGGAAUUGAGAUUGCUGUCGGCCUCAAGUCCAGCAUCUCGUCCACCGUCGGCUACCCCGGGCCCCUUCACCAGAGUGUGGAGAAUGGGUCUGUUACCGGCCACCGCUCUCAACAGCGCGACACCCCUCGCCAGCCCUCCUUUACUCAUCGCGAGCCAUCGUUUUCCCGCGCCGACUCGCGCCCACUGCAGCGCAUUACCUCGACCGGUGUGCCGCGUAUUCAUCCGACCCCAACCCGCCCUACCCCUGCACCUGUACCGGCCGCCGCCGCCUCGUCGUCAAGCAAGCCACCACCCCCGCCUCCCAAGGCCGCCGAGAAGCCGGCGCCCAAGCGUGGCAGGAAGAAGGCGGUGGAGCGCACAUUGUCGUCGGUUGACACCAACUCCCUCGCUGCCACUCUGCCCAAACCUGAGAACAUUACAAAGGAACGUGCACAGGAGCUUCUGAAGGACUCUUCGUUCCUCACCAUGCUCGAGCAACUUACGGGUGCUCCCAUCAGCGCCCUGGCUGCCGAGAAGCGUGCUGCCCAGGAGUCACCAGAGGAAGAGCCGGUCCACAAGCGCGGGCGUUUCGAGUCGGCAGGCGACAAUAAAGAGCUCUGCUGCUCCAACUGUGGCACAAACAAGAGCUCGGUCUGGCGCCAGAAGAAGAGCGACGAUGGGCAGAGCAUGCGCGUCUGUAACGCCUGCGGUCUCUACUACAACAAGACGCGCACCAUGCGUCCCAAGACCCUCUGGGCGGACUCGGACGAAGGGCCCAAGAGGGGCUCGUCCUCCAAGGCCGGUUUCAAGCGGACCUUGACCCAAGUGGUGGAGAAGGACGCACAACGGAUCGCGAGCAUGCGCAAACCCAGGGCGCCUCGCCAGAUCAAACCUGUGCCCAUGACAUCGCCUGCGCGUGGUCCAGCACCCAAGACGGUGCGCAACGGCAAGUUUGCUGCUUCGACGGCCGUGGCGGCCAGCUCGCCUGGUGGAUGGGUGGCCUCGACCCCCGCUUCCUCUGGUCCUGCCGCUCUUCCUUCCGAGACGCCCAACACGGCUCUCCGCCGGAUCUUGGGCGAGUCGAUGCCGAGCCUUGCGAUGCCUCUGAGCGACGACGCCGCCGGCGAGGCACCACCCAACCAGAUGACCUGGAACGCGGACCUGUCGACCUUUUUCGAUGUCGAUGGAUUUGCCAUGACGCCAGGCAAUGCCGACGACGCGGCGGUAAAGGUCGAGCCAUCUUCUGCGACCCGCUCAACAUUCGACAGACGCGGUGUUUCCUCGGCUGUUGGCCACGACGGCGGUAGCAAGGAGGGCAAGGAGGACAAGGAAGACAAGGAGGACGGGGACGACAUCGAGAAGCGCCCUGCAAGCUCUGAAGAUGACGAUGUCUUUUCGCAGCUGUUCCAGCGCACGUCAUCUGCCGGCGACCUCUCGAGCACGUCUUCUCCGUUCGACUUUUCUCAGCUGCCACCUUCAUCGCCCCCGGCUCUCCCGAGCAACCUGCCCCACUCGGCUCUUCUCCUCUCCAGCCCAUCGUCGAGUCCCAACGGCGUGAGCCCGCGCACCGAGUCAGACUUUGGCAAACCCUCUCCUGCGCUCUCGAGUCUCCGCAACGAAGUCGGCGUCGACGAGAACAAGCCCGAGGGCGAGCAGGUGUUCCAUGACCUGCUUCACAAGCUCGCCAACGGCAACAUGGGAGACGAGCUGCUCGCGCUCUUCAACUCGUUCCCCGCGGCCUCGCCCGCGUAA